AUGGAUGAAUUUAGGCGAGGAUCAGCUGGUCAACAUCCCAUACUAUUUAUUACUGUUUUCGUUUCAUUGUUGUUAAUUGUAAUUAUUGCAAUUGUAUGUGCCCAUUAUGUGAAUAAGAAAAGAGAAGCUUCAUAUUCAAAUCCUAUUGUUGUAUCAUCGCAAACUCACGAGCCGAUUGGAAAUCAACAAACAACACACCAAGUACCGAUACAAAUAAAUAGAAAUGACACAGUUGAUGUAAAUUCAAAAACAGAUAGUCAAAUGCCUUCGUUUCAUCAAAAUUUUCCUAUGCCAAUGCCGAUGCCAAUGCCCCAAAUGAAUUUUCAGAAUUUGGAACAUACAAACUAUCAGAAUGUAUCCCAAACUACAGUACCUACUGCACCUUAUCCGACAACCUCAUACAUUUCUCCUUAUCCAGUAAACCAACCAUCAGUUACAGUGAGCCAUAAUGUUGAAUCAAGAAAAUUUUAA